AUGAAUUCCUUGAGCUGGAAUUGUAGGGGGUUGGGCCAUCCUCUUGCAAUUCCUACGUUAAGUGAGCUUGUUCGUGCUCACAGGCCUAACUUUUUGUUCUUGUGUGAAACUUUGGCGAAACGGAAUCGUGUUGAGACGAUUCGUUCUCGCCUCAAUUUUGAGGGUUGCUUUGUUGUCGAUUGUGUGAGCCGGAGUGGUGGUCUUUGUAUGUUUUGGAAGCUGUCGUCUUCUUGCAAGCUUCUUAGUUAUUCUUCUAAUCAUAUUGAUAUUCAUGUUUUUGAUCCUAAUGGAGAUUGGAGAUUGACUGCCUUUUAUGGCUAUCCCGAUCGUGGAAGACGAUGUGAGUCUUGGAGUUUGCUCCGUUGUCUUGCUGCUGCCAAUAGUCUUCCGUGGGUUGUUAUGGGGGACUUCAAUGACUUGUUGGAUCCUGGUGACAAACGUGGUAAUGUUUCUCAUCCCACGUGGUUGUUCAAUGGCUUUCGAGCGGCGACUUUGGAUAGUGGUCUCUCAGAUGUUGCGUUGGUUGGCUAUCCCUUUACUUGGUCGCGUGGGCUUGGUACUUCGCAUUUUGUUGAAGAGCGUCUUGAUCGUGCUAUGGCGUCCGACAGUUGGAAAACUCGUUUUCCGGGUGCGUUACUUUGUCCAGUUACUGCCACUAUCUCAGAUCAUGUUCCUAUACUCCUCAAGUGCAUUGCCUCUGAACCUUCUUCUCAUAAGCACCGUUUUCGCUUUGAAAAUAAAUGGUGCAUGGAUUCUGAUUUGCCUAAUGUUAUUCGUGAUUGUUGGACUAAUCUCAGUGGCAUUAAUAUCAUUGACCGCUUGUCAGCAGUUUCUGAGUCUCUCUCCAUUUGGGCCGCCGGCAGAAACAGUCAUGAAAGGCGCCUUAAGCGCCAACUAGAAGAGCGGAUAAAAAGACUUCAAGGAAGGAAUGAUCUGUUGGCUAUUGAUUCUAUGAGGGAAGCGAAGAAGGUUUUGGCCGAUAUUCUUGCUAGAGAGGAAAUGCAUUAG